CUUCGUCCAUUUUCGCACAUGGUGCCGCACCGGCCGAGCGUCGUUAGCCUCACGUUUCCAGGGAUUUCGCUCUCUCUUAGGACAGAAGUUUGAUCUCUUGGUCACGGUAAAUGCAAGAUACGGUGGCUAUGGUGGAUGACCCCGAGUACGAGGAGGAGGAGCCCUCCUUCAGCGACCCGGAGGAUUUCGACGAUGACAUCGAGGAUGACGAGCUUCUGGAGGACAUCUUACGGGAGAAACCCCAGGAGACCGACGGAAUCGACUCGGUAAUUGUGGUGGACAAUGUCCCGCAGGUCGGCCCGGAGCGGCUGGACAAACUGAAAAACGUCAUACACAAGAUCUUCUCCAAGUUUGGCAAGAUCACUACAGAGUUUUAUCCGGACGUCGAUGGCACGACCAAAGGAUACAUCUUUUUGGAGUACGCUGCUCCCACCCAGGCUGUGGAGGCAGUGAAGAAUGCAGAUGGUUACAAGCUGGACAAACAACAUACAUUCAGAGUCAACCUCUUCACUGACUUUGAUAAGUACAUGAACAUCAGUGAUGAGUGGGAAGCUCCUGAGAAACAGCCCUUCAAAGAUUUUGGUAAUAUGCGUCACUGGAUUGAGGACUCCGACUGCCGCGACCACUACAGUGUCAUCUACGAAGCCGGGGAGAGGACGGCCAUUUUCUCAAAUGACGCUAAAGAUCCAAUCUUGGCUGAGGAAAGAGCGCGCUGGACAGAGACGUACGUUCGCUGGUCUCCCAAAGGCACCUACCUGGCAACCUUCCAUCAGCGUGGCAUUGCCUUGUGGGGCGGAGAGAAAUUUAAACAGAUCCAGAGAUUCAGUCAUCAAGGCGUGUCCCUCAUUGACUUCUCACCGUGUGAGAGGUAUGUAGUGACCUUCAGUCCGUUGAUGGACACCAAGGAGGAUCCACAGGCCAUCAUCAUCUGGGACAUCCUGACAGGACAGAAGAAGAGAGGCUUCCACUGCGAGAGCUCAGCUCACUGGCCCAUAUUCAAAUGGAGCCAUGACGGGAAGUUCUUUGCAAGGAUGUCUCCAGACACCCUAAGCAUCUACGAAACUCCAUCAAUGGGCUUGUUGGACAAGAAAAGUCUCAAGAUCACUGGGAUCAAGGACUUCUCUUGGUCUCCUGGCGACAACAUCUUGGCAUUCUGGGUUCCGGAGGACAAGGACAUCCCUGCAAGAGUGACUCUGAUGCAGUUUCCCUCCCGGCAGGAGAUCCGUGUCCGGAAUCUCUUCAACGUCGUCGACUGCAAACUGCACUGGCAGAGAAACGGGGAUUACCUGUGUGUGAAAGUGGACAGGACCCCCAAAGGAACACAGGGCGUUGUUACCAACUUUGAAAUCUUCCGAAUGAGGGAGAAACAAGUUCCUGUUGAUGUGGUGGAGAUGAAAGAAAGCAUCAUUGCAUUUGCUUGGGAGCCCAACGGCAGCAAAUUUGCUGUUCUCCACGGAGAGUCUCCAAGGAUCAAUGCCUCCUUCUAUCACGUCAAAAACAACGGCAAGAUCGAGCUCAUAAAAAUGUUUGACAAGCAGCAGGCCAACAGUAUUUUCUGGAGCCCGCAGGGACAGUUCAUGGUGCUGGCUGGACUCAGGAGCAUGAACGGAGCUCUUGCCUUUGUGGACACAUCCGACUGCACCAUGAUGAACAUAGCAGAGCACUACAUGGCCUCUGACGUGGAGUGGGACCCAACUGGUCGAUACGUCGUCACCUCUGUCUCCUGGUGGAGCCACAAGGUGGACAAUGCGUACUGGCUGUGGACUUUCCAGGGACGUCUCCUUCAGAAGAACAACAAGGACCGCUUCUGUCAGCUGCUCUGGAGACCCAGACCUCCGACUCUGAUCAGUGCAGAUCAGAUCAAGAUGAUCAAAAAAGAUCUGAAGAAAUAUUCAAAGAUCUUUGAGCAGAAGGAUCGUCUGAGCCAGUCCAAGGCUUCAAAGGAGCUGGUGGACAAGCGCAGGGCCAUGAUGGAGGAGUACCGUCAGUACCGGGAGGCGGCGCAGCAGCUCUACCAUGAACAGAAGAGCAUCCGCCUUGAGCUCAGAGGAGGUGUGGACACGGAUGAGCUGGACAGCAACGUGGACGACUGGGAGGAAGAGACUAUUGAGUUUUUUAUCAACGAAGAAAUCAUUCCCCUCGGAGAUCUGUAGUCCGCUACGCAGUUGAUCCGUUUUUGUGUGGAAGGAGGAGCGGUAUCUGACUGGAGAAGGACGACGGCCUCACUGUGAAUCUUGGGUUCAACUUCAGCGACAUCAUAGCGACACGCCUUGUGGGUCAGCAGCCACACUGAGGGAAAAGAGAAGAUAUUUAAGCUGCAUCUCUUUGUUCCUCAAAACCUCUUUGACCCAUUGUUUUCUCUGUGGAACUUGACAUUUAGUAAUACUGCUGAACUUUCUGGACUCACCAACUCUGAACCACAGCUUAUUGGACCUUCGUGCUGCUGGGGUUGUCUCAGAACAAGCCUCGUCAUGCUCAUGUGUUACUUGGGGGCCACACAGAGUGCCAUACCAACGCGUAGUGAAGGUGUUGAGAGUAAACGCAUAGCCUUGUCAAUAAAUGUGCUGAUGUGGCGUUAUAGUGGCCUGUUUCCUCCUCCUUUCAGAUUAGGUUUUCACACAGGGAGGGGGUGCGCAGUGGGAAUAACAAUAAAUAAACAUUUAAACCACA